AUGAAUAUUAUUCGAAGGAUUAACCAUAAAGAUGUUCAAGGAUAUGUUCCGAGACCAGAUUUUGAUCCAAUUAAAAGUGUAUCAACCCCUGGAGCUGGUCAUGCCAUUGCAAAGGAUUUUUUCAUGGAUCUCGGUUUGAAUGAUCCCGAAUAUGGCAUGUGGGGUGGGGAAGAUGUCGAAUUGGGUUUGAAAGUUUGGCUUUGUGGGGGGGAAGUUGAACAAAUUCCUUGUUCAUGGAUAGCUCAUAUGUACAAAUCACAUACGUAUAAGACAUAUGUAAACUAG